AUGAGAAGUAGGGCCAAGCAUCCCGCAAAGGUCCACAUAUGGGGUGGUAUCUCAGUCAGAGGAACCACACAGUUCGCCAUUCUACCAGGUACCAGCCGAAUCGAUAGCGAACUGUAUUGUAGAAUUCUAGAAAGAUGCUAUCUCCCAUUCAAGUCUAGUGUAUACAAUGGCUUCUGUCGUCUGGUCCAAGACAAUGCGCCCCCUCACAAAAGCCGAUUGACAACGGAUCAGUUUGUGAGUUGGGGGAUCGAUAGGCUGCAAUGGCCCGCGGAAUCACCAGACCUGAAUCCAAUUGAAUUGGUGUGGGGUAAUAUGAAGAGUUGCAUCAGGAAACAAGGAGUUCGAAAUUUGGACGACCUCAAAGUGGCCAUCGCCCAGUAUUGGAAGACGCUGACCCCUGAAGUUUGUGCGCGAUACAUCAGUGGCAUUAAGAAACGGAUGGAGCGUGUAGUAGAGCAAGGUGGCAGAAACAUUAUUGAGGGUAGGUAG